GCAUGAUGGGUCUCUUUGCAUGGCAUACCAUCGCCCUCCUUUGAUGGAAACCAAGUUUGAGGUGAACGACAAGCAUUAACGGAAUGUUGGGGACCAUGGGGGAAGGAUUGUUUAUUCAGACAGCCAGCAAAUGCAUUUGCUGGACCGGCACACGCGUAGCACGCGUUAGAUGAUAUCUUGCGAUCGCUCAUUGGGCAUUUUGGUGAGCAAAGCAAAUGUCCAAAACAUCCAUUCCACCUGUCGGCCAGUUGCUGCACGCUAUCCACUUUGCUGCAUUGAAGCACUCGACUCAACGUCGAAAGGACUCUGCCGGAACACCUUAUAUAAACCAUCCCAUCGGCGUCGCGCACAUUCUUUGGUAUGAAGGCGACGUGCAGGACAUUGGUGCGCUGCAAGCGGCAGUGCUUCAUGAUACAGUUGAAGACACCGAUACUAGUUUUGAGGAGCUAGAGCUAGAAUUUGGCAACGAAGUACGUCAAAUCGUAGCGGAAUGCACAGACGACAAAACUCUACCCAAAGCAGAGCGGAAGCGGCUGCAAGUAGAGAAUGCGCCUAAAAAAUCGGACAAGGCCAAACUGGUAAAGAUGGCGGACAAGAUCUAUAACCUGCGGGAUCUACAACGGGAACCGCCAGCUGAUUGGACGCUAGAUCGAGUACGCGAAUACUUUUUAUGGGCACAGAAAGUUACAGAUGGAUGUCGUGGUGUCAACGGCAAACUUGAGAACAUCCUGGAGGAUAUCUACCAGAGCGGGACGUUUGUCUACAACGGGAAACAAUACCCAUGUAUUGCUAAAUAGCUUGGCUGGCUGACUAAUGUGAUACGAUCACGAUAAUACGUACAGUAAUCUAACCCGCUCUUCCACAUUACGGUCUAUUGUUUAUGGGAUGGGGAUAAAUAAACAUUGAAGACGUUGCGUGCAUCA